CAUUCUGUUAGGUGUAACCCGGAAGACUUAACGUCCGUGUGACAUGGUGCAUGUUUAUAUGAAGACCAUGUUUAAUUGUAUUUAAUGAUUGGUGAUGGUUGUCCCACACUGCUUACUUGCACUUUAAACGUACCUUGUUAAUUGCAAAAGAACUGUGAUUUGGUGUAUAUACUGUCCAGACACCUGCUGAACCACAACAUCAUGCAUCUGCUAUGAAUGAUUCCACCACUUCUGUUGAGCAUAUCAUUAUGGAGAAGAAUGUUUGGCAAACCUUGAAGAACCACAACCAGAUAUACUGAGGCAACUACAUUCUACAGUACCAGAGAAAGCAAUGUUUCUCGUGGGACUGACUGGAGGAAUUGCUUCGGGUAAGAGCACAGUGGCAACCAUACUUAGGGAGCUGGGCUGCCCAGUUAUCGAUGCUGACAUCAUCGCCAGGCAAGUGGUUGAACCUGGGACCCCAGCCCACCAACUGAUAGUGCAGUACUUUGGCACAGAAAUCCUGUUAGAAAAUGGACAAAUCAACCGAGAGAUGCUGGGCAAUAUAAUAUUUUCUGAUGAGGAGAAGCGUCGUCGACUAAACUCUAUAACACAUCCAGCUGUCCUUCAGAUGAUGCUUAAGCAGAUACUAAAAUACUUUUUCCUAGGUUAUCGAUAUGUUAUUUUGGAUGUGCCCCUUCUGUUUGAAACCAACAAGCUGAGAAAGUUAUUGAAGCGCACAGUGGUGGUUUAUUGUGAUCCUCAAACACAGAUAAGUCGAUUCAUGAGGCGUAACAAUUUUUCUAGAGCAGAGGUGGAUAAGCGUUUGAGCACCCAGAUGCCACUGGAAGAGAAGAGAAAGUUGGCAAAUCAUGUGAUUGACAACUCUGGUGAUCUAGAAAAUACACGUCGACAGGUACUGCAGCUCCAUUCCAGGUUGGAAGAAUCACUGGAUUUCCUACUGGUCAGAAUAAUUGCCAUUGCCACAAUAACGGGAAUCAGUGGACUUCUCUUUGUCUUAGGAAAACACUUUUUGUUUUAACUGUCCCUCUGCUGGACAGUUUAUAGUUUGCACAGUACUGUCCACAUUAGGCUAAACAGUGUUUAACUUUUUUGUGAAGUAGACAGUGAUUAACUUUUAUAAUACUGUUAAAAAAACAAACAUGAGACCCUGGUGGAGUGCAAUCUGCUGUCUUUUUUUGUACACUUACCUAAAGUGAAUAUGAGCAUUUACACUUCACCUCAGCUUAUGUUUUAUUUUAUUUACAGUUUGAUUGCUGUUUCUUUAUUCAUGAGUGUCAGAUUACCUUUAUUUUUUAGCUUUUUACAGUUUUUAUACUAUUAAUACUAAAUCUUCUUAUUUAAUUUCUCUGUGUUAAUAUUAGUAAUACAAACCAGAGAUACUGCAGGGUAAUACUGCAGUAUGAAAUUAGAAAUCCAAGUAACAGCAAAACAAAGGUAUGUAAAAUUAAACAGAUUUUCAUAUUCUGGAAUGAAAUGCUUUCUCCAUCUACAGAGAUGAGACAUUAAUACUUCGUUGUUGGGUUGUUUUAAAGGGGAAACAAAACCUUAAAACAUAGCCUUUUUGGGAGGAGGGGCUUCUGUGGAGGGGUUGAUCUUAUGCAUAAUAGAUAUGCUGUUUGAUUUCAGAUCAGAAGAUUGUAAAAUUGUAAUCAAUGAACAUAACAAGAGAGGCUUGCGAUUCCCAGAGAGAGAUUAACAGUGAUCACUAGAAACGAGCCUUAAAAAUCACCCUGUACUUACUAGUUAAAUAGCACAAACAUUGUUUAUAUAACUGGAGGAUGUUUGUCAAGUCGAAGACAAAAAGGAAGGGAAAAUGUGAUUUCUAAAACAAAAUAGUGUCAGAUGUUAGGAAAGAUAGAACAUUUAAUAAAUAUAAAGAAUCUCAGAAGGGAAUUAAAAAAAUAUGUGGUAGUACUAAUUAAAGGACCAAGAAGCAGGAAAGGCAGUCAGAAAGUCCUGAAUGAGAACUGUUAAGACAGUUCAGACAAGAAGAGUUGCACAUAACCUUUUUGAGCUAUUUAAGAGAACAGUGAACGACAAAACAGAGAGUAAGUUUAAUACAAUAGAUGUGGGGUAGGUGAUGGAGGGGGUAAAAACAGAACUAACACCUCUCCUUAUUUUAUCAAGUGCUUUGGGUGGCUAAUGGAAUUAUUGCAAGCCAUUUUGCAAGAGAUUGGUUUAGGAAAUAAUGCCAAAAAUAGACUAGAUGGCUUUAUGGGCUUUAUGCCAGAGUACUUAAAGAACUGAGGAAAUAACUAGUAGAACCCUAAACUAAUAACUUUAACAACUCCUGAGGGUACAACAUGGUGUAGCAGUUAGCACUGAUGCCUAACAAGACUUGGAGUUCUAGUUCAGUUCUUGACUGGGAUGCCUUCUGUUUGGAGUCAGCUUUUCCUCCUUCUGUCCAUGUGGAUUUUUCCAAGUGUCCCAUUUCCUUCCACAUCUCAAAGCCCUCUAGAUAGCCAAAGGGGUAGAUCCUGUGUGCGAGUAUGUGUGCGUAUGCCUUGCAGUAGGCUGGCAAUCUGUCUGCAACUGAAUUCUGUACCUUAUGUCCAUUGUGUGGUCAUAGUUCCUUCCCCCUGUGACCCAGUAACAAAUUAAGCAGAAAAGCAGAAAAUCAAAAAAUGAAUGAAUGAGUGAACUCAUGAAUGAGAAUAGGUAAUGUUCCUGAGGACUCUCAAGGGAUAGAUAUGGUUCAAAGGGGCUAAUAUGUCACUACUUCACAAGAGAUAGAGUGCAGACAAAAAUAAAAAAUGUUGGCUUGCUAAUUUGAUUUCAUUUGUAGAGAAAGUUGUGAGAGCACCAACGAAGUAAAGAAUUUUGGAACAUUUAUAAACCUGUGGGGCUGUGGACCCCAGGUUUCACAUUGAGAAGGCUGAUUGACAGCACCAUAUUGUUUCUACAUAUUACAUUUACCACUGCUUUUGUUCCAUGAGUCAUGGUAAAAGGGGACCAGAGUGGACCUGUCUACUUAAUCACUUACGAAAUAAAUUAAAUUACGGACAUGCCAGGCAAAUCCAAUAGACUGCACUGGAUGUCCAUCUUAUAGUUUGACUAUGCAAAUCUCUGUUUGUUAGGUGAAUUUGAUAAAUUUUAUAACAGAAAGGAUCUUUUUGUAUAUUGCGUAAAAAUUGACUGUUCCCCCCUGUAAAUGGAGUAUAUAAAAGACAUGAGAUCUGUUUAUCUGAGUGCCGUGGAAAAAUUAAAAGAUAAAUAGAAUACGUUUUCUAAAUGUACCAUAGCAAAACAUUUUAUUGAACAACAUUUGGCAUAUAUUAGAUUAAGAUUUGCAAUUAUGUUUGAAACUUCCCCAUCCAAGUGGGGAUGACAGCUAUACAGCACUUCAUUCAGUAGAAAUAAGCAUAUUAUAUUUUGAAAUGUAACACAUAUUGCCAUUAGGUCAUAAUACUGAGUUGAUUUAAGAGAGUUUUAUAUUAGUUUUAUAAAAUACAUUUGUGGUUAUAGUAUGUUUUGUUAGGUAAAACCAGUUACUUGGGAAGAGAUCUAUUUUUAUUUAUAUAUUUUAUUUAUUAAUUGUUUCAGAAAUAGGCAGUAAUUUAAACUUACAUGUGUGUGUUUUAAAUUAACUAAUUACUUAUGAUUGUAAAAGCAGGUAUUAAAACUGUGACUCCUAACUCCUCAGUAAUGGUUUUGACACCAGCAAAAUAAAGUAAGUUAUAAACCUUCA